UUUUUCAUUGCAUCAUAAUCACAUGCGCGCCCUCGCAUUCGUUACAGUUCGUAAGAAAGUCACAUGUUCCGUUUAAUGUUAUGCUUGAAGUUACUUAUUCGCUAUAGUGUAGAAUGCCCUCCAUCACAGCCGAAAAUAGUGCGAGCUUGUGCGGGGUUUAUGAGGCUAUCGGUCCAAGGUGAGUCCACAGCCUUGCGCCUGGCGCCCAUCGAUCCUGACCGAUUGGCUGCUUGCGCUUGGCGUAAGUCGUACUCCGCUGGCCCCGUUCGCCUGAGUCUUGGUGUGGGGAGGUCCGCAGACAAUGGCGCCACCUCCAUUCGUCACAGGGGGCGAGGCGCUGCCUCGGGUUGUGACCUGCCGGGGCUGGGUGUCGUCUCGUGGGCCAUGGAGUGUGUGUGGCGAUCCGGCCAUCUGCUGGAACGGCAGCCAAGCAGUGGGUCGUCGCUGGACAGUGCAUGCCCAUCGCGGUCUCGGUCUUUCCUUCAAAAUUGAAACUACAGCAUUUUGCUCCAAGAAAAGAACUUUUGCUGUAAUUUACAAAAGGUCAUUUCCAGUCGCUGUCGCUGACUGGCAGCAACACUUCUGCCCUGUUCUUCGCCAACAAAUCCUGGAGUUGGAUCCAGCUCUCAGAGCCGACAACUUCGACAAAUUUCGCAGAAAUGGAAAAUGCAACACUUCGGGUCAAAAAAACGCAAAAUAUUGCAUUUUCAUCAACACAACACCAAAAUACAGCAUAAGCCCGAGAUGUCACAUCUCCGUGUAGCGUGUAAAAUAGUCUGCAAAUACUAUAGUCUGCCAAAAAAUUAAGAUAGUCUGUAAAGUAGUCCGUAAGACAGUCUGUUUCCAAGUUGAAAACAGACUACUUUACAGACUACUUUACAGACUUUUUUCCGCUCUUUACAGACUAGACUUGACCUUGUGCAAAUUGCAGAAAAAGUGCUUUUUUAGAGGGAAAUGCUGUAGUUUCAAUUUCUGCCGGAAGUCCGCGAAUUAGCUCCGCGUCUCCAGGAACGGCGGCACGAGGUGCGUGGCCCUAUUUUCUUCAAAGGGCCGCUUGUGACCUUGGGGUCGCCAUCCCGGACUGCCGGUUGUCGCGGGUGACCGUGGCAGCCAGGGCCUUGCGUGUAUCGUGGAUGUUUUCUUUGUUUCUAAUUCGGUCUCCCUGCUUUCUGGGGGGGGUCUGUUUGGGUCCGCGUGAGCCUGACCAAAUGCCAGCGUGACUGCGUCCUGCCCUUGUAACUUCUUGACAACGUUUCUCGAGCAUUAUGGUCGCUGUGACGCGUGUCAAGCGCCUCGGAAUGUCUGAGGGUCGCUCAAGAUGUCAGGACCGUGGAUAAGCUAUUUUUAUUCGACAGGUAAAAGGGAACUUUUAGCACUAUUCAGGUGCGCAUCUUUUUUCAUGAAUUGUGGUAAUGUGUCAAAGCUGUGCUCCCCAUCUUGUAGAAAUGCUCAAUCAAGAACGUGACCUUCAAUGCAUGUGAGACCAUGAUCAUCGACAUUUCGUCAUGUGAAUGUACUGCUACUGCUUCCAUCCUUGUGAUGACUUUUAGAAAAUUUUUAUCGCUUCCGCCGCAGUGCUCAGUCC